AGCUCGGACACGAUGGAGACAGAAAUACUGAGAAUGAUCUGCGCCGGUCACGGAGCAGUCAACACUGAGGAUUUAGUGUAUAAUCUGUUUUCCGGCGAUCCUACGAAGUUGUCGGAGAUCAUUUGUAACCGAGAGAAAUUUGUUUCGUGUUGUCCAAACGGACAGCCGAAGGUGGUGGCCAGGACCCGCCUGAGACUUUGCAGAGUGAAAGACUGUCUGGGGACGUGCAGGGGUCUGCACCUGUGUAAAAACAUCCUCUUCAGCGGAUUCUGUCAGUUCACUCAGCUCAGGAGGGGCUGCAGCUUCUCCCAUGAGCUGACCUCUGGGCAUAACCAAAGACUUCUGAGGGAGCAUGAGCUGGAGAGCCUGAGCCGGGAAGAGCUGUGCACACUGCUGCUGCAGAGUGACUACACACUCCUUCCUGAUAUAUGCCACGACUACAACAACGGUGAUGGAGAGUUCGGCAGGUGUCAGGAUGGUGAUCGUUGCAAGAGGCUCCACAUCUGUGAGAACUACAUCAGCCGUGAGUGCAGUUGCUGGAAGAACCACGAUUUUAAUGCUCCACAGCCAUUCAAAGCUUUGAAAGCUAGAGGCGUACCUGACACACUCUUUCAGUCCUUGAAGGCUGCUUAUGCAAAUAAACAGGCUUUGAGGCUGGCUGGAGUCAGUGACCAUGGUCAACAAAGUCAGAGAGGCAGAGGGAGAGGUGGCCAUCAGCUCAGCAGGGGCUUUAGGAGAAACAGAGGAAACCACAACAGCCGCCCAGAUCUGCAUCGAGCCCGUUCACUUAGUGACAUUGCUGCAAACAUUGAUGCCUUUGACCUGUGCUCCAGCGAUAGACUGAAUGAAAGUGACGAUGAAAACUCUCCCGCCAGUGACAUCGUUGUUACCAGGAACAGGGGCAACCAUCAGCGUUUUCAUAAUGCUCGUUCCUUAAGUGACAUUCAUGCUGCUGUCAGUGAUGAAGCUGCUAAAGGCGGAGAAUGGCAGAACAAUAGACAGAGGCCUGUCAGAGAUAAAACAGGGAUCUGCAUGUACUUCAUUAAAGGUCACUGCAAACAUGAUGAUCGAUGUUUUAAAGCUCAUGACAAGAUGCCGUACCGAUGGCAGGUCCAAGAGGGACACCAGUGGACUGAUUUGCCCGAUAAUGAGACAAUUGAGAGAGACUACUGUGACCCCAGUAACUCAUACAGUAGUACCAGCCCACCCGUGCACUUUGACACUAUGACCUGUGGACAGAACAAAGUGCGUCGACUCUCGACAGAAAACUCAGUGAUUGAGCCGACCUUCAUCCACACCACCGAGUGGCUUUGGUACUGGCAGGAUGAGUUUGGGAGGUGGAACAUGUUUGCAUCCGCUACUAGCGGACAUAAAGCAGCAGACAUCAACAGCACAAAGCUGGAGGAGAAGUUCCUGGCCAAUGAUAAAGAUGUGUUGGAGUUCACUGCUGGUUCACACUCAUAUUCACUCAGUUUCCAGGACAUGAUGCAGACAAAUAAGCACUAUGGCACCAAAAGGCUUGUGUGCAGACGACCACGGUUUGUCUCUGCUGCAGAUGUCCUAACAAAGAGAGUCAGAAGGCCUUUGGUUCAAACUUCCACUCCAAUACCAGAAACCUGGGACAAGACACAGAUCCCUCAAACAGGAUACUCGCGAAUCUCACUCCAACCCAGCUCGGAAGAAUUUAGAGAGGUUGUAGCUCUUUUCUCUGAAACCAUGAAAGGCUGUGACAUCAUCAACAUUGAGAGGAUUCAGAACAAAGCUCUUUGGGAAGCCUUUCAGCUGCAGAAGAAUCAGAUGAAGACCAAAAACAAAGGAGGAAAUGUGACAGAAGAAAAGCUUUUUCAUGGCACUGACUCCAAAUUUGUAGACACCAUCUGUCACCACAACUUUGACUGGAGAAUCUGUGGAACUCAUGGAACGUCUUAUGGCAAAGGUAGUUACUUUGCCCGUGAUGCCAGAUACUCCCACAGCUACACCGGUGACACUGAUGUGAGAGCCAUGUUCAUCUCACGGGUGCUGGUGGGAGACUUCACCAAAGGCUCCUCUGAUUAUCGCCGACCUCCUUCCAAGGAUGGAGGGGGCAUAAACUUCUAUGACAGCUGUGUGAAUGAUGUAAUGAACCCCUCCAUAUUUGUGGUGUUUGAGAAGCAGCAGAUCUACCCCGAGUACCUGAUACAGUACAAGACCACAAACAUGUUUAUUGAUGGCACAGUACCAAAGCGAGUGGCAGGCCUGCCACUGAAGGAGCUGCUCAGUGCUGUCAGAGUCUCCUGCAUGGGGUGGGAGAUGUUCUCCAACAGGAAUGACAGCUUAGCCACCAUUCUCCUGUCACUCACCACCUCCACUGGGUCCAGAGGGCAUCCAAGAACAGAGCUGGCCCUGCGGAUCAGCCUCUUCAGUCUCUUCCUGUCCCCAGCAGAGAUGGUGCUGCCCCAGCAGACCACACCGUGCUCAUUUUCAUGA